UCUUUCACCCCUCAGAGCCUGCUGCCGCGCAUAGCACACAUAUCACACACACAUCACACUUAUGGACCUAACGCCUUUCUCCCCCUCCAUAUAAUUUGUGAUCAGCGGCUCUCUAACUUCCUCUUUCUCCCUACGAUUCCCUGUGAAUAUGCUUAUAUGGACAUCAGGGAUCUCCUCGUCCGUCACGAGAAACUCGUCCACCUCAAUGAAGGUUCUAAUAAGGAUGGUAACCGGCCCCGGAAGCCGUCCACGGCCGGCGCUGCCCAACCGCCGCUACCACCCGAGAGCCAUGUCGACUCCGAAAUGAUGGGUGUGCCGCGGCCUCACCCCCAACAUUAUCAUUCAGAAUCCAUGACCUCUUCCGUAGCGGUUCCUCCUCUUGCCCCUGAUCCUCGCCAUUCAGCCAGGGCUGCCGCCUGUAAUCUUGACCUUCUGUCUGAUGCUGCAACUCAGAUCGCUUCUGCUAAUGAGGUUAACUCAAUGCAACCUAUGAUACCGGAUCAUCUCGGUCAAUCAGGGGCUGGAUUGACGCGCAUCAAAUCUUACGAUGAAGGUAUGCCGUAUGCCGACCGUGGGCGGGAACCCGAGCCGGUCGCUAUGUCUGUAGGGUUACCCAAUCCAGCAGGACCGCCUGCCUUUGACGACUACAACCUCUUCCUUGACGAGUUUGCGACGUCGUCUCAUUUCCUCCCACAAGCCUUUGAGGCAGAUCAGGGUAUGGGUAUUUGGCCACGACAUUUAUCAGAGCUUCGUGCAGGUGGACUAUCCAAACCAUCGUCACAAUUCCCCUCCCGCUUUCCAUCGUUAGCGCCUGACCCGAGAGACCCUUCGGAGAGCGGCGCUAGAACGCACGACGGGUCCGGGGGGUCGCAACCCUUAAGAGUAUCUGCUAUGGACCAUACCGUUAUCAAAAAUCGAUUAGACGAAUUUUCAUCGGUGCUACCGAACGACUUCGUGUUCCCUUCCCGACAUACCCUCACUCGGUUUUUGGAAGGAUAUGUGAGCGGUUUCCACGAACAUCUACCGAUCCUGCAUCUCCCGACGAUAACGGCUGCCGAAUUAGCGCCGGAGUUGUUGCUAGCUAUCUUAGCGGUAGGUGCGCAAUAUAGGUUUGAAAGCCAUCGAUCAAAUGCGUUAUGGUAUGCAGCAAAAGCCGUAGCGCUCGAACAAAUUCGACGACGCCAUAGUCACGAAGUUCACGGUUUGCUUCCGACGCCGGCUGCGUAUAGUCCGCAUUCUACGCGGCCGUCGCCAAGUCAUGGGUUUCGCCAUUCAUUUAGCUCGGUUCAACAGGAGCGCCCAAUGACCCAAGAUACACACCGAGAGCCUUAUUCCCCGAAUACUCCCCAAUCUCGCAUGGAAACCAUUCAAGCGCUUUUAUUACUUUUCGCUGUUGGUCUCUGGGGUGCAAAGGCGAUUCUUCGCGAAGCUCUAUCGUUCCAAAGCUUGUUGGCUCUUUUAGUACGCGAAGAAGGAUUUUUGUCCGAAUCUACACAAACAGCCGAUUGGGAAUCAUGGGUGAGAAUAGAAGGGGCCAACCGCACAAAACUCGUCACGUAUUGUUUCUUUAAUAUGUGCAGUAUUGCUUAUAAUAUGCCGCCUCUAUUACUCACAUCAGAACUCAACCUAAUUCUUCCACACUCUGCGAAAUUAUGGAGAGCCGAGACGGCCUGGCAAUGGCAGGAGGCUCGUCAAUCUUUUCCAAGUAUGGACAUAUCUAUUCAAGAUGCAUUCUCGAGGUUAUUUAGUCGACCGCCGCAAGGCCCUCCUGCAUAUAUGUCGUCUCUUGGCAAUUACGUCCUCAUUCAUGCCAUACUACAACAUAUUUUUCUCUUAAAGCAGACCUCGUUUAACUCGGUAUCAAUCUUUGGAGGACUACGACACGACGAUGUUGAAGAUUGUUUCCAAGCUUUGCGAGUAUGGCAGAUGAGCUUUGAACAGCAUCAAGCGCGAGUAACUGAAGGCAGUCACCAGAACGGCUCAGAUGCAUUUCCUGGAGGUCCGGUUGCUUACAACUCAACUGCACUCUGGAGAUUGGCUUCGAUACGAUUGUACACCGACUUAAGUCCCAGUAGAACUCUGGAGACAAGGGAUGCAAACCAGAUUGCCCAAUCGUUCCACGAUGCGCCUUAUCUCGUUCGCAGUGGGCGGCUAAACCGAGCCGUCUUCCAAGCUAUACACGCGUUGUCGCUGUUAGUUAAAGUAGGCGUUAAUUACGUUGCGAGAAGGAAGUCAUCGGAAUGGAGCAUGCAACACUCACUAUGCAACCUGGAAUGCGCUAUCCUCCUUUCGAAAUGGCUUAUGACUCUUGCUUCGAUCGGGCCGACAGGUGCUCCUCCCGAGCCGGACGAACGAAACCUUCUCGAGAUGUUACGUCAUAUGUUGGACGAGACGGAGUUCGCAGUACCGAUCGACCCGUCGCUUUCGGGGGGUGCAGGACAUGGACCAUCGAGUAUGGACAUGGCUGCAAAUGACGGGACGAAGCUUCGACAACUGGCCGUGGCCGUAAUACGACUCUGGGCCGAAACAUUCAAGGGUUCGCAUAUUUUCGAUAUCGUGAAAGUGAUCGGUGCUGGAUUGGAAGGUUAUGCGGAUUUGCUAGAGAAACCGCGAGAUAGAACACCGCUAGGUCGAUUGGCGCCGAGUUCAGGACUAGGUUGAUUUAGUCACGACGAACCCGAUUAACGAAGCUGGUUGUCGAUACCAAGUCGAAUAUAGCUAAGAUUCAUAUCGAUCGCCUAUGUCCAGGCGUCGACGCGAAGCCAACUAGUUAAUAUUGGCACCUGCUCGACUUUUCAACUCAAAUCAUCAUAAUACUAAGGAUAGUUGGUCUGCUUCUGAGAAGAAAAUACAUGAUCGUUGGUAUGCAUUCCGCUAUGGCGUCGCACAUUGCAAGCACCGAAAACGCGACCGAUAUAUACACGAGGGUUUACUGGGGGUACGAUAGAAGAACGAUAUAGGGAUUCCUACGAGGAUGUGUCGUAGAGGUGGUGUUAUGAAAGGAAGGACAUGUUCCGACCAUUAAUAACAUACCGAGAAGUUAAUAUAUCUGCGGGGAUAUAAUCGACGGGGGUGUUGCAGUGAGGUAGCAGGAAAUAAAAGCGAUCCAUGGAUCGCUGCCAAGUGAUGAAUAUCAGCAAUUCCAGUUGUGGUACCUGGACAAGCUAGCAUCUAUCUACUUUGUAGUGCCUACCUAGGUAGGUACUCAGCUACUUAGCAGGCGUAUACCUUGCUAGAUAAAAUCAGGUAUCAAAAAUGAAGUCCAAUGAAACCAUUUAACAUCAAUGCUACUAAGAAUUUCUUAUCGUAUCGGUGAUACAAAUGAAGCCUUAGGACUUUAGAUAGCGACGAUCGCGAUCAAAGAGGUGUACGUACCAUUUUCAAUAACCCGUUUUCGGCAUAAGGCAUC